GUGCGAAGACGUCAGUGUCAUAGUUGUCAGCCUCACAAUUUUAAUUGAAUUUUCAAACAAAAAUUACAGCUUUUAUAAAAUGGAUAACUUUGAUAAUUUCGAUAAAGAAGUAGAUCCUGCAGCUGAAUUCUUAUCCAGAGAACAAAAUGAACUUGCUGGACUUGAAGAUGAAGUGAAGCCCGCUGUACAAUUUAUCCCUCAAGUAAAUGGAGAUGAACCGACCAAUUCUGCCAGCAGUUUCGAAAUUAUCGAGGGAAAUGAACAAGAUGGUUUUGAAAUUUUGAAACAAACUGAUGAUCAUCUUAAGACCUUGAAUGGAUCAUCUAGAGGAGCAUCGCCUAUACCUGUGGCCAGAGAGGAGCCCGAGAAAAUUAGGAAAUGGCGUGAAGAACAAAUAAAGAGACUUGAAGAGAAAGAUGCCGAAGAAGAAAAGAAAAAACAGGAACUCAGAGAAAUUGCCAAAAAGGAACUUGAAGAUUGGUACAAAAAUCACGAGGAGACAAUUGCCAAAACUAAAGCGGCCAACAGGGAUGCUGCAAAGAAUGCUGAAAAACAGUUCGUGUCUGAGGAGAACGAUAUAGUACCUGGCACAGAAUGGGAAAGGAUUGCGAAAUUGUGCGAUUUCAAUCCGAAAGCUAAGCAAGGUAACAAAGACGUCUCAAGAAUGAGGUCUCUUAUUCUUCAGAUGAAACAGAAUCCAAUUCAGUCCUCUGCCUAGACCAGUAUUCCAUUUAUUAAGACACAAUAUGAUAUCUGAAGAAUUGAAAUGCUUUAAAGUCGUGUUAUAUGAUAUCCGUAGGCAAUUUUGUUUCCUCUUGGGAUGUGAAAAAUUAUCAGAGAUUGAAAA